AUGGUCUCUCUCAGCGAAGUCCGCACCCACAAUGCGACCCUUUCCUCCCUCGCCCCGAAUCUCGUAGCUAUCUUUGUCGGAGGCACAUCUGGCAUCUCGCAUUACACUGCGCUAGAGUUCGCGCGCAACACGCGAUCUCCGCACAUCUACCUCGUCGGCCGCAACGCCGCAGAAGCCGCAAAGAUCACCAGCGAGCUCAAGUCCAUAAACAAUUCCUCCAAGGUCGACUUCAUCCAAAAAGAUGUGAGUCUGCUGCGCAAAGUAGACGAGGUGUGCAAGGAAAUCAAAGAGAAGGAGAAGAAGGUGAACCUGCUGUUCAUGACCAUCGGCUACAUGACGCUCAAGGGCAGGAACGAGACGGAGGAGGGUCUGGAUCACAAAUUCGCGCUUCACUAUUACGCGAGGACGCGGUUCAUGCACAACCUGGCGCCUUUGCUAGAUGCUGCGGCGAAGGAUGAGGACCCGAAGGCGACGCUGUCGCGUGUCGUGUCCGUGUACGAUCCGGCGCUUGGAAAGAACAACGAUUUCGACUUUUCCGACCCUUCACUGAAAAACAACUUCUCGCUCAAGAAUUGCGCGACGCACGGCAGUGCGCUGGGCAACUUCGCUAUCGAGCAUUUGGCAAAACAAUGGCCUAAUACUUCGUUUAUCCACGAGCAGCCGGGAAUCGUCGAGACUUCGGGAGGCCGCAACCCAUGGCUCAAGCCUCUUUAUGCUCUACUGUCACCGUUCUCGGUGAGCAAGAAGGAAAGCGGGGAGAGACAUUUGUUCGAGGCGACUGCGCCUCGCUAUGCGCCCAGAGCAAAGGCGGAGGCUGUUCAGGGUGUUGUCAACGGCGGCGACGGCGUCAAGGGUAGCGGACACUACCAUCUCUCUUGGAACGGCGAGGCUCAGCCCGACACGAAGAGGGGGAUGAAGAUGCGGGCCGAGGGUGCGGAGGAGAAGAUGUGGGCGCAUACUUCGGAAGUUUUCCAGAAGAUUUGCGAGGAAGGCGGCAAAUACUAA